AUGGAUACGGUGACCACUUCCCCGGUCCGCUCGACCACCCCCAAUCCGGGUGCGUUCCAGUCACUCGCCCGCAACAAUAGCUACGUCAUACCGGGUGUGUACGAUCUCAACGUGGAGGACACCAACUGGGUGCUGACCUCGUCGUUCAUCAUCUUCACCAUGCAGACCGGCUUCGGGAUGCUCGAGUCCGGCUGCGUCUCGGUCAAGAAUGAGGUGAACAUCAUGAUGAAGAACAUCAUCGACAUCGUGCUCGGUGGCUUCACCUACUGGCUGUUCGGGUACGCCAUGUCGUUUGGCCGGGGCGAGCUGAACAACCCGUUCGUGGCGCUCGGUGACUUUCUGAUCGAUCCGGACGUCAGUGAUCCACUGUUCGGGCCGAUCUUUGCCGCGUUCCUGUUCCAGCUGUCCUUCUCGACGACGGCCACCACGAUCGUGAGCGGUGCCAUGGCGGAAAGGUGCAAUUUUAAAGCGUACUGCAUCUUCUCCUUCUUCAACACGAUCGUGUACUGCAUUCCGGCCGGUUGGGUCUGGGGAGAGCACGGUUUCCUCAAGAAUUUGGGCGUGGUGGACAUAGCCGGAAGCGGACCGGUGCACCUGAUCGGUGGUGCGUCAGCUUUCGCGUCCGCCGCCAUCCUCGGGCCCCGGUUGGGCCGGUACGCAAAGGGAACGGAUCCGCUUCCGUUGGGCAAUCCCGUUAAUGCCUGCAUGGGACUGUUCGUGUUGUGGUGGGGCUGGCUUGCGUUCAACUCGGGCAGCACUUACGGGGUAAGUGGAGCCAAGUGGGAGUACGCAGCGCGUGCCGCAGUGAUGACCAUGAUGGGGUCGUUCGGUGGUGGAAGUUUCAGCAUCAUCUACUCAAUGUACAACAACGACGGUCGAAUGGAUGUAGUUGAUUUGAUUAACGGAAUCCUGGCCUCAUUGGUAUCUGUUACGGCCGGAUGUUAUCUGUACCACGCAUGGGAAGCGAUCCUCAUCGGAGCGAUCGGAUCGGCCCUGUGCUGCUUCGGGAUGCCACUGUUCGACCGGAUGGGUGUGGACGAUCCGGUGGGUGCGAGUUCCGUGCACGGCAUAGCAGGCAUUUGGGGUGUCUUGGCGGUGGGACUGUUCGCAGAUAAUCCACUCCGCAUGGAGACGACCAGUGGCCGCUCGGGAUUGUUCAAGGGCGGCGGUUGGUACAUGCUGGGCGUACAAUCCCUGUCCGCCCUUUGCCUUUGCUGCUGGGGCGUUUCGAUAACGUUUCUGCUGCUGUGGCUCAUCAACAAAAUUGUCCCGAUCCGGAUGGACCCGAACGAAGAGCUGCUCGGUGCGGACCUGAUGGAGCAUCGCAUCCGGCACACACAGAUCGGUAUCUCGCGCGCCCUCUCGGCACUGGCUCCGAUACAGCUCGAUCUGGACGACGUGAUCGAUGCGCCACCGAUCGGCCGCAAUCCGGGCCACGAGCGAUGUGUGGACGAGAUCGAGGCGGCCUCCCAGAAGCUGCACCAGUGGCGGGCGGCUAUGGACAAACUUUCCGACCGAGAUCAACAGCCCGCGAAGGAGUCUAAGGAGGCUAGCGGAUCGCGACGCCGCACGAAAGGGUUUGGCAGCAAAAGCCAUACGAACAAUGGCACGGACAACGUUGGCUACGACGGUGGAAGAUCCGUGACGGUGAAGGUGGGUGGCAGAGGAGAGGCACACCAGCUGUCCAUUAUUGGCGGCGAUAUGGGUGCGGAAAGGACAAACGAUCGGAAUUUUGCGUGGAUUGAUUGA